UCCGGUGGGGCUGGUGAGGAGGGGCGGGGGGGAAGGUGACCCUGGGAAAGAAGAGGAGGAGUUUGCUUCUAAAGCAUGCCGGGGCUACGGGGAAGCGGAGCUUCUCUGGUUGCUUCUUUUGCUAGGCUUCGUCUCUCCCAGAUAAGGAGCUGUUCCACUGCUUCGACAUCUUUACCCUGCCCAGUGAUCGCAGCCAAGAAUCCCUUUCAAGUGGACUUAAAAGCAGGGAAGUCCUACGCUUGGUGUGCCUGUGGCCACAGCAAAAAACAGCCUUUCUGUGAUGGAUCCCAUAAAAGAGAUGCCCCAGAAAUAUCUCCUCUGAGGUUCAAACUGGAGGAAGCAAAAGAGGCCUGGCUAUGUGGCUGCAAAUGCACCAAGAACCCUCCGUAUUGCGAUGGCACUCACAAGGAAGACUUUGUGCAAAAAGCUGAUCUCCAGUCCCACCCACAGUUAUGAGGAGGGACAAAGAGAGACCAUUGCCAGACUUUGGAAAGAUGAGAGAGAAAUCAGCCAGGGGAAGGCCUUGGGCAGGCACAGUGUUCCAAAACAAUGCCCUGUACCAGCCUUAUUGUGCAGCUCCUGUUCCUUUCACUGAGUCUUGUACAGGACAGCAAGGCUCCUGGGGUCUUCCCUGAGGUUCUGAAGCCUAUGUCACUGAGGGCUUCUUGGGUCUUGGUGAGCCCUACAUGGAAGGUGCCCAGGGCAGAGAAUAUUUUUGGUAUUUCCCCAGCGUUCCAGACUUGCCUGCUUCCUCUUUCCUCUUGAAAUAAAAACCACUGGAAACCC